AGGUCAUUUCACAAUUUCAAGUCUGCCUUUCGGGCGCAGUGAUAAUCGUACGAAUUCUCGGCCAUACACGCACGAAAUCCCGAACUUCGGUAGUCUUUACAAAUAAGCGGUGAAAGUGUUACGUGAUUUAUAUCAUUCGCUCGAAUCGGAAUCCCGCAGUUUAACACAACUGCUGCUGUAGAGAGAACGUGUACCUUCGUCUAAGUUGCUAACCCAGUCAAAUCUGUUAAAUAAUGCACCAGGACAGUCCACGUCGUUGUACAAAACUAUUCAAUUGAAUUUAUUCGCAAAGAAUUGCAUUCGUGAAAUUGCAAUGGGACAGUUCGAAAUCGAUUUUCUUGCUCGGAAAAAUUGACAAAUGUAUUCUUUCCAAAAACGUAGUAAUCUAAAUUGUAUCAAAAAGAAAAAGCGUGAAACGUUUUAGUGCAUUUAGGUCGAAAAAUCCACAGACAUCAGUGAAUAAAUCGGUGUACGUCAAUAAAAUCAUUUAGUGAACCAACAAUGUGGUUUGGCAUCUUAACGCUCGUAGUUGUGUUAAUUUUGAAAGUGCUGCUCGAUUGCAGACGACAGCGAAAAUCUCCUCCAGGACCCCUGGGCUUGCCUAUCGUUGGAAACUUAUUCGAUAUUGCGAAGCUAGUGAGGAGAGAGAAAAUAUCUGCCAACAUUUGGAACCAAUUGGCGGAGAAGUAUGGUCCAGUUUUUAGUGUUAAAUUAGGUAUACAGGAACCGACGAUUAUAGUUUCCGGAAUAGAUGCUAUUACCGAGAUGUUGAAUAAACCGGAAUUCGAUGGCAGACCAAACGGAUUUAUGUUCAAAUAUAGAUGCGGCGGUACACCGCAUGGAAUAUUAUUUACGGACUCGGGUAUUUGGCAUAGUCAAAGAAGAUUUGCAUUGAGAACCCUGAGGCAAUUCGGUUUCGGAAAGUACUCGAUGGAGUAUAUACUUCAGCAGGAUGCGAGUGCAUUAACAAAUAUGAUAAUUCAACUAACGGCAAAUGGGACGCCGAUUAACAUUGGUUCCCUUAUUUGCAUUGCCGUCGUUAGCCAUAUUUGGUUUCUACUGGAAGGGACGAAAUUCGAAGUGGGUAAAGAGACUCCUCAAUUAAAAGAAGCGAUAAGUGUGUUGAAAGAUUUGCUGAGGACUGGAAAUAUUUCUGGUGGCAUUGUCAAUCAUUUUCCGUUUCUCAGACACAUUUUCCCCCAUCUGACGGGAUACAGAUUGUUCGAAGAGAGACAGAGUCGUAUAAAUAAAUUCUUCCUAGAGGUGAUAUCGAGACAUAAAGACAAUAAAUUGUUUGGAGAAUGCACGAAUUUUAUAGAUUCCUAUUUGGAGGAAAUUGAUGCGCAAAAGAAGAAGUCACCGUACACAUCCUUCACCGAAAAACAAUUGCAAUUUGUACUGAAAGAUCUGUUUACCGCUAGUAUAGAUACAACAGACAAUAUGAUUGGUUUUGUCAUCGCAUAUCUCGUGGUACAUCCUCAUGUACAGCUUAAAAUACAAGAUGAAAUCGACAAAGUUAUAGGAAGUGAUGUUAGUCCUUCCCUUAAUGACAAAAACCGAUUGCCGUACCUGAACGCAGUUUUGGUCGAAGUAUCAAGGCUUGCGAACGUUACUCCUACUUCUCUCCCUCAUCGAGCAUUAUCCGACUCCAAUUUAUUGGGUUUUGAAAUCAAACGAAACUCUACGUUAUUAGCCAACUUCAGAAGCAUUCAUUUGGACAAGGAGCACUGGGGUGAUCCGGAAGUAUUCCGUCCAGAAAGAUUCAUCAAUAAAGAAGGACAAUUUGUUGAUGACCCAUGGGUUAUGCCUUUUGGAACAGGUCGCAGAAAGUGUUUGGGCGAAGUGGUAGCAAAAAACACAGUCUUCCUCUUCGUAGCAUGUCUUUUGCAAAAACUUAAUUUUUCUGUGCCAGAGGAUCAUCCUGAAAUCGGACUUCACGGAAUUGAUGGUAUUAUUACUUCUCCGCCUAAAAUUGAGAUUGUCGUUGCUCAAAGAUAGGGAUUGCAAUAAAGUACUCGUGUUAACUUUUAUAUUUUUGCUAUAUGAUACAUUGUCAUAUGAUCGGGCAGUCUUAUUCUGAAACGUAUAAUUACAUGCAAACGCAAUUAAUGUCGUCGCUUCUAUGGCGUACAAAUUGUUAUAUUCAUGUUACAACACACAUCGUAGUAUUCACUAAUUUAUUAUCCUAAUUGGAGUAUGCAAGAUAUAAGGAAAGAUCAAAUUACUUAGGAAGUAAAUUUUAUGAAAUUUUCGAGAUCUCAGAAUUAAAUUACUGCAUCUUGCAUUGAUCAUUACUGAACUGUGGAUCUUUAUGCAUUUAUCUGGUAUGUAAGUUUGUAAAAUGUAAGAGAACGUAUAUAUAACGAAUAUUCAUUGUA